CUUAGUCACUUUUUCUUUUCGGCUUAGCCCAUCCAGUUGCAACCCAUCACUGGGAAACAUCCAUACACACUCAUUCAUACUCAUACACUAUGGACAAUUUAGCUUACCCAAUUCACCUGUACCACAUGUUUUUGUUGGGGAAACCGGAGAAAACUUACGCGAACAUGGGGAGAACAUGCAAAAUCCACACAGAAAUGCCAAAUGACCCAGCUGGGGCUCAAAAAAGUGACCUUCUUGCUGUGAGGCGAUUGUGCUACCCACUGCACCACCACACUGCCCCAAGUACAUUAUAGCUAACUGUAAUUAAAUUACUUAAUAAUAAUGAAGAGUAAAACCAUACUUUUUUCAGUAAUUGCAGUAAAUAUAAUUCCUUUAUUUUAUUCUUAUGACCAGUUAUAUGUAGAUGAGCUCACAAACACUCUACUGUAUUUACUGUAGGUGAAAAGGUUACCAACAAUUUGUCAAGCAGUGUUUUAUCAAGAGUAUCAGGACACACCUCUCAGAGGUAACUAAUAUUGACUCAGGGAGGAGGUGCUGAUCUCUUUCAGUGGAAGCAAAUUCAGAAACUAGUCUGAGGGGAUUAGAUCGUGCUCGUCCGUCUUUGCCUGUUGAUUUAUUAUGUCGUCUACAGAGAUGCUGAGCACAGUGGUACAUCGAUUCAUCAAAUACACUUCUUAAAAGUAGGAUCAGCUUACACCAAAAUGGCUUCAAUUGGACAAAUAAUCUUUGGAAGUAUGAUUUGUCUCAUAGUAGUCAUGUCUGGAAUCAUCGUUUUCAUUUUGGCUAUUGCAUUUUCAGUGUCCCAAGGCACCGUUGAGAGCAUUAGUCCGUCUACUGUGGGGAAUCUUGAUGAUGAUGUGAUGCUGGGUUGCAGGUUUCUUAGUAACACUGUCAAUGGGCAGUUCAGUGAUGUGUCAAUUACUUGGCUGAAAGAUUCCAUCAGUGGUGUGGUUUAUGAAUACAAGAACAAAGCAGCCCAGCUUCAGACACAGAACGCACAGUUCAGCAACAGGGCUCAACUGUUCCCAGACUCUAUUUCAACAGGGAACGCUUCCCUGCUGCUGAGAAACAUAAGGCUGGAGGAUGAUGGCGUGUAUCGCUGCACUGUCAAUGCAGCAAAAGUCUCUGGAACUGCCAUCGUUAAGCUCAGAGUAGCUGCUUUUUCAGCUCCCACAUUUACUGAACUACCCAAUGGAUCUCUGUCUGCCGUGGCAAAUAAAUGGUUUCCCCAGCCAGAGGUGAACUGGUACAAUCAAAGUGGGCAGAUUUUAAACAGCAGCACCAGUUUUUUCAACAUUGCAGGAAUCAUACAUGUUUCUAGUCUGCUUCAAGACCCAGCAAAGGAGAAUGAAACUUACCGCUGUCUCAUCCAGAACUCUCUUGUGAUCGCUGUCUCAGAAGCAACCGUCACAGCACACAAAGUGACGCAGAGCACAUACUUCAUUUUUAAUGCUGCAUCUACAAAAAGGUCAUCUUUACAUCUACUGGUCACAGUCCUCAUUCUUCUAUAUGGAGUCCGGUAGACAAGUCUCUUCAGCAAUGGUCAAGCUGAUCAAUUACAAAGGACUGUAUUAAUCAGCUGCUACAGACUGGAAUACAUUGUACUACUCGCACAUCUUAAAUGGUGACUUUUUCAACUGAAGGAAAAUCUGAGGAAAUUCUACCACAUUUUUACCAUCUGCUUGUGUAGAAACCUGUCAAAUUUUCAUCAUCAUCAACAACAACAACAAAAAUAUGUAAUAAAUCCAAUGCUGCAUCUCACGGCAAUUCGUAACUUUUUGAUUUAGUGGCUAAUUUGUAUAAAUUUACAGUUAGGACAAUUUAGUUCAAUUAGCUUAUCCCCCAAUGACGGUUAGGUUUAGGGGAGGGGUUGGGUGUCACAUCUCGUUUUUUAAAAUCAUACAUUUUCGUACGACUGAACUCGAAUGAAUUCUAAACUGACAAAACGUAAGAUAGUUACGUUUCCUCGUGAGAUAAAUCCUGUGAAUUCUUUUUAUUUCAUGAAACAUUCGCUAUGUUAUUUACACAUGCUUUAUCAGCUACCAUGUAUGAGUAGAAUUAUUUAUCAUGGUCUAUUUUACAUACAGUUAAACUGUUCUUGGAAAUAGAUUGAAUUACCAAUUGCAACAUUUUGAACUUUUGAAAGCUUUAUAAUUAUUUUAUUCAUUCAUUCAUUUUGUUUUUAGCUUAGUCCUUUUAUUAAUCUAGGGUCGACACAGCGGAAUGAACAGCCAACUUAUCCAGCAUAUGUUUUACACAGCGGAUGCCCUUUCAGCUGCAACCCAUCACUGGGAAACACCCAUACAUUCUCAUUCACACACAUACACUACGGAAAUUUAGCUUACCCAAAUCGCCUGUUCUGCAUAUCUUUGGACUUGUAGGGGAAAUCGGAACACCCGGAGGAAACCCACACAAACGCGGGGAGAACAUGCAAACGCCACACAGAAAUGUCAACUGACCCAGCCGAGGCUCAAAUCAGUGACCUUCUUGCUGUGAGGCGAGAGCGCUACCCACUGCGCCACCGUCACCAUAAUUAUUUUAAUAUAGUUGUAAAUUUUCAUCUAUGAGGGCGUAAUAAACAAGUUUAGAAAUUAAUUAAUGAUAGGAAAGUAAGACUCAAAUGUGCAGUAGGUGAUUGUCUUCAGAAACAUUUUUUUUGUGCUGGUUGAAAGUCUCUUUACAUUCCAAUAGUCAUGAUUAAAGUAAACAAUCUAAAUGUACUUUUAUAUUCUGGAUAAGUCAUAAGACUAAAAAAUUUUCAUCCGGUUAAAUUUUGUAGCGCAGACGACUCCCAUAAUUCUGAUAAGUAGCCUAAACUGUACAACUGCUCAUCUCUGUUCAUGCAGAUCCGCCACUGGAUGUGUGCAUGUGCGCCGUGCGUUCAUGUGCAGACCAGACACGGCAGUAAAAUCAAAUGCUGAAUCAAAACCUCAAAAUCCUGAAUCAAUAUUGGAGUUACUUUUGCACACUGGAGGAAGGAUGACACCAUGGCUGAAAGGUUUCUGUUAGACAGGUAAUGUUCUGUUUUAAAACUAUUUUAGUCACGCAAAGCUGAUGUAGAUCAUGUUGUUUUAUGAAAGGGUUAUACGCACAGAAGUGUUGUUCAGCCACUGAAAUCUCCCGGUGACAGAUUGAUGUGACUAUAUUCGGUUUCAUAAGGGAUCUUUUACAGCAUCGCUGAUGUAGAUUUUAUUUAGUUUAACAACAAAACAUCAGUAAAUAGCACUGUUCCACCUAGCCUGCUUUAUUGAAGUGAAGUUGGAUUAAUAUUCACAUUGGUUCAUUUUUGAACAAUGAAACCUGUGACGCGGACUCUAUAUUGUUUACUGUGCUACUUUAAAUACUCGGUCUGAAAUAGAAUGUUAGUAUGGCUUAAUAAUAAGUGUAAUUCCUGCACCCCGAUGGCCAAGCACUAAGCAUACAGGAGUCACUUUAGGACAAAGUGUGAGAGAGUGAGUUCAGCGAUCCUUGCAUGCAUGAAAUAUUGCACAUUGGAACAGGUUUUGCUUGUUAACUACACAACUGAAAACAUGCUAGAUAUAAUACAGUUUUUUGUUUCAAAUUGUUUUAUUAUAAAUUUCUGUAAAGUUUUCUAACUGGUGAAUGACAUGAUCUAGUGGGCUGUCUGCUGUCAUCUUUAAGGUGUUCAGGAGACGUUGGACGGCAGGGGAGGGAUUGUGUUUUAAAGAUAUUAUGCUAAUCAGUUAGCAUUUUGGCAGAUCACCUACUGAAUCUUUAAUAACAAAGCCCUUUAGUUAAUAACAUUAGUAUAUGUCAAGCGUUUAUUAAUCUUGGUUCAUGUUCAUGCUACUGUAGCAUCAUAAGGUGUGUCUGUUAUUACUGUGCAAUAGACCUGUGAGCUAACGGGACUAACAUUAAACAUUUGGCUAUUAAUAUUGUAAUGAAACAUUAAUAAUACUGUUGCAAAUUGAAUGAAUGCCAUUGUUGAUGUAAUGCAGUAACUAAUAUUAAAGGUAAA